UCUGGCCAAAGGGCCCCCAGGUUCCGGGGGGGUGAAUCUGUCGAGGGUCUCAUUUGGGUUUCGCUGCAGAGGGAAGUGAUGGAUUGUCUGAUUAACGUAGUGAGGAAUGUGUCUUUCUAACACCUUUUCCUGCACAGCCGCAGACAAACAGCUCGAGAAGCAGCAUAGUCACCAGCCCCAAAGGCCCCAAAGGCCACGGCCCCCCCGCUCUGGAGCCUCAGACCACAGUCAUCCAUAACCCCAUGGAUGGGACCAAGGAAUCAUCUGACAGCAGCAACACGAUCGAGGAUGAAGACGUGAAGGCCCGUAAGCAGGAGAUCAUAAAGAUCACGGAGCAGCUCAUCGAGGCCGUGAACAACGGGGACUUUGAGGCUUACGCGAAGAUCUGCGACCCCGGUCUGACCUCCUUCGAGCCCGAGGGGCUCGGCAACCUGGUGGAGGGGAUGGACUUCCACCGCUUCUACUUCGACAACCUGCUCUCCAAGAACAGCAAACCCGUCCACACCACCAUCCUCAACCCCCACGUGCACAUGAUCGGGGACGAGGCCGCCUGCAUCGCCUACAUCCGCCUGACGCAGUUCGUGGACGGGGCGGGGCGGCCCCGCUCCAGCCAGUCCGAGGAGACGCGGGUGUGGCACCGCCGGGAGAGCCGGUGGCAGAACGUCCACUUCCACUGCUCGGGGGCCCCCGCCGCCCCGCUGCAGUGAGGAGGUACCAGAGCCUGGGGAGGAGCAGGAGGAGGAGCAGCAGGAGGAGAGGAGA